GAGUAGCCUAAAGGUGAGUACAUUUUUAGCAAAUUUUUUAUUUUGGGUGAACUAUUCCUUUAAAAGAUAUCACACUACACUUCCACUACAGAUGUCGAACAAAAUGCUAUAUUCUCAGAGGUUUUGGUAUUUUGGCGUAUUUUAUAAAUAUAUAAAUGGCACUUUUUUUAUUUUAUUUAGUCUACUCCAUGCAGUAAUUUUUGCAUACAGUACAUUGAAUAAAAUGGCACAUACUUUAUAGUCAUUUAGCUCUUGCACAGAGUAUAUUUUUGCGAAUAUAAGGCUGUCAGUAUUUUGAUCUGAUAAAAUUGGUUUACUGAUGCUCAGAUACAUAAUAUUUUUUGACACGUUCAAUUUUAAUGCCUCCUUUCUGUAUAUGCAUCAGUGAAUCCUCAUCCUGGUAGAUCAUCAAACAUUAGUAACAUGAACACUAAGGCUGUUAAAUGCGCUGUUAAAUGUGUCUCGCUUUGUUUUUUUUUAUGCAACUACUUAAGCAAAUAUGCAAGACACGUAUGUUUAUUCAGGUGUACGGUUCACAUAAUUUUCCAGGUGACAAAGCUGAACUAGACUGCUGCUCUUAAGAAGAUCUGUUUAUAUAUUUAUAUCUCAAGCUCCUUUUUGAACUAUGUGCAAUUUUAAAUAUUUUCCUAAUAGGACUUGUUCUUUUACAAGAGUUUUAAAAUGGUAUUUUAAAUAAAUUGAUACUUUUGAAGUACUUUUUAAAAGCGGUUGUUCAGGAAAUUGUGAAUACUUAAUGAAUGUCACUGAAUUUAAUAUCUGUGAAUCUAUGCAAUCACAGCGCAAUGUUUACAAAUUGCAAGUGUAAUAAAGUUGUAUUGUAUAAUGUUAAGUGUAUAAAGUUGCUUGUUUAUAAGCAAUCACUUGUCUGUAUGCAUGCACACCAUGAUAAACAGACUUUUUUAUAUUUUUAUGACUAGGCCUAAUUGAGGCUGUUUCAUCUGUAUUGGGAAGGUUAUGUGAUGUGUGUUGCUCACUAGAUCUUCUAUAGAUCAUGUUUCUGCUAGUAACUUGGUGGUUUGCGUGACAUUGCUGGUCAUGUGAUGUCAACAUGAGGGGGCGACCUUCUCCAUGUAGAAUAAAACCGCAUUUUCUGGGAGAGUAAAUGCAUCUCAUAGUCAGUCUAUAAAGCAUUUGAUCCAACUACUGCUGUCAGCGCGCGCUGUGGACACGACUGGAGACAUGCGCUCGUGGGCUCGCGGGAUCCUGUGGUUGUCAUCUUUUACAACUGUGUUGUCUAGUUUGCAUCCUGAGUGUGAGUAUAUCUUUCAGCUGGCAAGAGAUGAACAGCGGUGUCUCAGAGAGAUCACAGAUCUUGGAAACCUCAGCAGCUCUUCAGGUUGUCUGCCAGUAUGGGAUGCUGUAGUGUGUUGGCCCAGAGCUGCAGUGGGUGAGACGGUCCACUUGCACUGUCCUGCUGUUUUCUCUCUCUUCAAGAACAACACAGAAAAGGAUACAGACCUCAUUUCACAUUCAGCUUUAGCACAAGCUAACUUUAUGCAUUGCAUCUCAUUCUCUAGAGAAAAAAGCACGGCUGGCGGCUGGUCACAUCCGUUCCCUCCUUACCAUGAGGCCUGCAUUGUUGAGGAUGAAAUCCCCGAGGAGUCAUAUUUUGCCACUGUGAAACUGAUCUACACUGUUGGUUACGGAGCGUCACUGCUGUCGCUCUCUGUUGCCGUGGUAAUACUGCUGCUCUUCAGGCGAUUACACUGCGCUCGAAACUACAUCCACAUGCAGCUGUUUUUCACCUUUAUCCUGAAAUCGGUGGCUGUGUUUGUCAAAGAUGCUACGCUGUUCUCCAGUGACGACACGGAUCACUGCACACUCUCCACAGCAUUCAGCAUUCCGGGUAGGAGUGGGAAGUUCAUUCCACCAGCCAGGAACGGCUUUCCACUGGUCUGCAUCGUCCUCUGGAUCUGCUCCAGACUGUAUUUUGAGGACACAGAGUGCUGGGACAUAAAUGAAGACUCUCCUUAUUGGUGGAUCAUCAAGGGUCCCAUUGUAGUUUCCAUAGGGGUGAACUUCCUUCUCUUCAUGAACAUUAUCAGGAUUCUGGUGCAGAAACUGAACCCUCGCUUGAUCCAAUUCAACAAUUCAGCUCAGUACAGGCGACUGACCAAGUCCACCCUCCUCCUCAUCCCUCUCUUCGGCACUCAUUACAUGGUCUACAACUUCCUCCCAGAAUACUUCAACGUGAGCCUGCGGCUUUGCAUCGAGCUGUGUCUGGGCUCCUUCCAGGGCCUCAUUGUGGCAGUUCUCUACUGUUUCCUGAACCAGGAGGUUCAGAAAGAAAUACGCUUACGUUGGAUGCGAUAUCAAGAGGGGAGUUACGUUGUCGUCCCUGUUGGAGCCAAAGGAAGUCAGAUGGACACUCCAUUCUAGAGUCAUUAAAACUCACCGGUGCCUCUAAUAUACAGACCUCAACACCUCCAGAAAACAUGAACAUCUGAAUCAAACAGUUUUAUUAAAUGCAGAUUGUAUUGCUCCGUUGAUAUGACAACAAAUGGCUUAAAUAGCCAGAAUAUACAGUAUUUAGGCUGCAGUAUAUCUGUGGAUUAAACACAUUAGUUCAUUAGAGAGCAUGGUAAAAAUGUGUUUAAAAAAAUGUGAAUACUGGAAUUCAUCAUAGCAAAACUGCUGCUUUUGGGGGAUUCUGGGUGGGUUUAAUCAAAGUAUGUACAUAUAAAAGCCUAUAAAAAUAUACUUCUGUUGCCCUUCAAAUUCAGAUAUUAUAAUAUUUAUUACUUUGGGGGAAAUGUUAAACUCUAAAAUUGUACACAAUAAAAGGCAGUAUGGUGGUUUUGAAUGUGUACAUAUUUAUCUGUAUGUAUGUAUGUAUAUGUACAUGUUUACAGUAUUAACAUUUGUAAAGAGAAAUAUAAAGAUUAAUUGGUAGAUUCAUGGAUUUCUGAGUGAUAUAGGCCUACAGGU